AUGCCUGGGAGAGUUUUGCCGACGUUUACCUCUGCCCAAGUCCAAUCUCACAAGACCGCCAAGUCGUGCUACAUCACCUUGGGGCCUAAAGUUUACGAUGUCACUGAUUUCAUCGAAGGACACCCCGGUGGUGGUGAUCUGAUAUUGGAAUACGCCGGCCAGGAUGUGACAGAUAUCUUGAAGGACGAGAUCUCCCACGAACACACCGAUUCUGCCUAUGAGAUUUUGGACGAAUACCACAUUGGGUUCGUCUCCGAUGUCUCUACGCUUGGAAAAACCACGACAACGACGAUCAUCGAAACGGUGACUGAAACCGAGUCUGGCCCUGUUUACGCAACCACUGGAAUGUCGCGGGAGGAGGAUCUGUCCAUUGACACCGACUAUAGCCAGGACUACAAGACCCACAAGUUCUUAGACUUGAACAAGCCACUUCUGAAGCAGCUGUGGUUCAGCAACUUCUCCAAGGAGUUCUACCUGGAACAGAUUCAUCGGCCUCGUCACUACCGGGGAGGAGAGUCCGCUCCUCUGUUUGGCAACUUCCUGGAGCCUCUCAGCAAAACCGCAUGGUACAUCGUGCCAAUUAUCUGGUUGCCACUUGUUUGCUACGGAAUGACGGUCGGAGUUGCUGGACUGGGCUCCACUGUCGCUGGCUCCUACUUCGUUGGUGGCGCAUGUCUCUGGACUCUGAUCGAGUAUCUGAUGCACCGAUUCCUCUUCCACAUUGACAACUGGCUUCCGGACAACCGUGUGGGUCUUACCCUGCACUUCCUGCUCCACGGUAUCCACCAUUAUCUCCCAAUGGACAAGUAUCGUCUUGUUAUGCCACCGACGCUAUUUGUGGUCCUAGCUGCUCCUUUUUGGAAGCUGGCACACGCAGUCUUCUUCUACAACUGGUACGCGGCUUUGUCGGUAUUCUGUGGCGGCGUCUUUGGGUAUAUCUGUUAUGAUCUCACCCAUUACUUCCUGCACCACCGCAAUCUUCCUUCUUACUACAAGGAUCUCAAGAAGUACCACCUCGCCCACCACUUUGCCGAUUACGAAAAUGGCUUUGGUGUGACUAGUCGAUUCUGGGACCAGGUCUUCGGCACCGAGUUGGUGUCCCCUGUCCCGAAGGGUGCGAAGGCUCAGUGA